GUAUUCUCAGUGACCCCGCAAACGAUCCUCUGGAUACCCUCCACCCAAACUUUCAGUUCCAUUGCUCAGGAUUGGGGCUGUGGGGGCCCCAUAUAGAAAACGGUGUUUUCCCUCUUUCAGUGAAUUUUCAUGAAUUCAAUAUGUGUGAGGAGUGGUCACGUAACAUUUUCCUGGUCGAAUUAUUAAUGGAAUUUAUUGGAAAAUUUAGUUUUUUUUUUUGAUAAAUAAAUAAAUUAUUUAUGGAAUGUUGUUUGUUGACGUAUUGAACCAGUUAUAAACUUUUGAUGCUCAUAGAUGGCGCUAAAGAGAGUUACCGUUUUUGUUUGUUUGGUGUUGCUCUAAACUGCACUAUGCCAUAGAACAAUAAUUUAUUUACACUAAAAAACUAUACCCGAACAGUUGGAGUAAGUAGAGAGUACACAAAGUGGAGAGUGCAUAGAAUGAGCAAGCCAAACGACCUAGAAUCGUAUAAAAAUAAAAUGGAACACUUUUUUUCUAGUUAUCGAACGUGCCCCGAAUAUAGGUCAAUCUACAACCAACUCUGACACAUGACUUUGACAUGUUUUGAAUUAUUGAAUGAAAUGAAGAUUUUCAAUUUUCCAAAAAAAUUGUCGCCGAGUUGAAAAUCAAAAUUUAGGGGCUCUGGAUUUAGUUCUGGAUUAAAAAGGGGCGUAAUGUACCAGAACACCUGCGGAGCAGCGGCCGCAGGCGCGGGAGUGUGCACCGAAACCGACAAAGAUUAUCACAGUUUGAUAUCGAAGGAGCCCCAGGUGCCCCAAAUCGAGAACGACUAUAGCGGUUUCGAUGUGGUUAAAGCGACUCAGUAUGGUGCCUUCUCCUGCGUGAAACACCUAAUCGAAGAAGGCUACGAUGUCAACCAAAAAGACUCGGAAACCGUCACUCUCCUACACUGGGCAGCCAUCAACAAUCGCAAAGACAUCAUGCGCUAUCUCAUCGAAAAAGGCGCCACAGUGGACGCCAUCGGCGGUGAACUGAACGCCACUCCGCUCCACUGGGCAACACGCCAGGGCCACCUUGAAGCCUGCGUCAUCCUGAUGAACGCAGGCGCCGAUCCUACUCUACGCGACGCAGAAGGAUGCUCUUGCAUCCACUUGGCUGCACAGUUCGGUCACACUGCACUGGUGGCCUAUUUUGUGGCUCGCAGCGUCAGUCCGGAUUUGACUGACCGUACCGGGAUGACGCCGUUGAUGUGGGCCGUGUGGAAAAUGUGCAGCUUGGAUCCUACUAGGCUGUUAUUGACGUUAGGCGCCAAUCCGAAUUUGACGGAUUUUACGCAAGGGAAUACAGCACUGCAUUGGGCGAUUUUGGCUAGGAAUACUACCGCUAUUUCUACUUUGGUUUUACAAGGUCACGCAAAUUUAAAUAUUCCAAAUAAUCGAGGUGAAUCGCCGCUUCAAAUGAUCCAAUCGCAAGUGGGUUCCCUAUGGAUCAGCCCCAAAGUAGCCGAAAUGAUCAAGGAGCACGCUCACGCGCAAUCCCCCAAAGGUUUCCUGACAAAAUUCGCCAAAGAUAAGAGAAUUCGAUGGUGGGGCAUGGUGGGCACGCCGUUCAUGGCCUUCUACAUCGCCGGCGCCAUCAUGGGCACCAAUCUUCUAGUCAUUAUCAAAGUUUUCUUGUUAGUUUGUCUCUAUAUCGUUAUACACUAUUUAGGUCAAGUGUUCUACGAUGACCGCCUGAUGGCGCUGCUGCCGCUCAGCAUAUACUUGUCGACGAAAAUGUGGUUCUAUGUCACGUGGCUUAUAUACAUGGCGCCGAUGGUGAGCUUUGCUACGUCAGUAGUUUUUCUGUCUUCCUCUGCCUUGUUGUGGUAUAAUUUUUUGAAGAGUUGGCUGGGCGACGCCGGCGUUGUUCUCACCAAUAAGAAACUUCAAUUUAGGACCAUAUUGGAAUUGGCUGAAAAAGGUCCAGGAGGCUUCGAACCCAGCAGCUUCUGUUCCGCCUGUCUGGUGCGCAGGCCAAUCAGAUCGAAACACUGCGCCAUCUGCAAUCACUGCGUUGCCAGAUUCGAUCAUCACUGUCCAUGGGUUGCAAAUUGUAUUGGUGCAAAAAACCAUAAAUUCUUUAUCGGUUUCCUGGCAUGUUUGGUGAUAAUGUGCGCCCAAAUGCUAAACGGAGCUGUGGGUUAUUGGCAAAAAGAUCCGCAAUGCAACGCUUUGGAGCAUCGAGCAAACAAAACUAUUAUCGAAAUUGCUGUAGCUGUGUCCCAGUGCGAUACUUGGGUGGCUUGGGUGUCAGUCAAUGCCCUCUUUCACGGCAUUUGGGUGUUUAUGUUACUUGUUUGUCAAUUGUAUCAGAUAAUUAUCUUGGGUAUGACGACCAAUGAGCGUAUGAAUAAAGGACGCUACGGACAUUUCAUUGCCAACAAAGGCCGCAGUCCUUUUUCCAAAGGACCUCUACGAAAUAUACUGGAAUUCUUUGAGUGCACUUGUUUCGGUUGCGCCAAAACGGAACAUCGCGAUUGGCUGAGCUCGUACGAGUUUGACAAUAAAAUCGAGCGCGAACCUUUGCUGUGCAACAAAGAGAACUUUCAGUAUGUAUGAGAUAAGUUGUACUUUGUCUCUGGUAAAAGGAGACGGAGAAGUUUUUAAAUUGGGGCUCUCUAUUGCACAAACAAAUCGGUUUUGUCGGUGUGUGUACAUAAAGUGGGCUAGAAAAAAAGUUGUGCCAUAUUAACAUUCCAUAAUAGAUAAGCAUUAAAGUGUGUUCUGGUCAAUGGUCAUCACCAUUUUAUUUCAUUAUCAUUUAAGCAGUCGUAACUGACUGCGACUUGUGUUAUUUUAAGGCUUUGAUUGUGAUUGUAUAUACAAAUUGAUUUAGAUAUUUAGGACCCAAAAACAUGUUAUGUAAAUAUUUAUUCUAAUAAUGGACAGGUGCCAAUGUUUAAUGCAUUGGCAGCUGUCAUGCGCCUUUAAAUAUAUGUAUAGUGUAUUGAUUAUUGUAAAUGCAAAAAUUGUAGUAACUUUUUAUGAUU